AUGUGGAGAGCACUCAGAUCAAAGAACAAGGUGAAGUUCUUGGAUGGUUCGAUUCCAAAACCAGCUGAGAAUCAACCUUUGUUUGAAGAUUGGGAUCGCUGCAAUAACAUCUUGCUUUCAUGGCUCAACCUCUCGCUCUCCCCAGAAAUUGCUAAGAGUGUGAUGUGGAUUAGCAAUGUUUCAGAUCUGUGGAAGGACUUGAAGAAUCGUUACUCACAUGGAGAUGUCUUCAGAGUUGGAGAAUUGAAAGAGGAAUUCUACACUAUCAGACAAGGUGAUUUAACUGUUACUUCUUACUUUACCAAAUUGAAGUCUGUUUGGGAAGAAUUAGAGAACUUUCGUACAAUUCCUAGCUGUAUAGCUUGUGUUAAUGGCUGCAACUGUGGAUUAAAAAUUAUUAGGGAUUAUGCUUCUGAAGAAUACGUUGUGAAAUUUCUCAGAGGUCUAAAUGAGCAAUACUCUACUGUGAAAUCCCAAAUUAUAAUUGGGCAUUUGGUUGAAAAUUGCUACAAGAAAAAUGGUUUUCCUGCACACUGGAAGCAGAAAAGUGCAAAUCACAGCAGCAUUGAAGGUGAAAUUGAAGAUUCAGGUGCUGGUGGUGACAUUACUGAUUCUGCUCAAGAAGAAGGUAGUACUGAAACUGCUCUUGCACUUCCUUCACUGAAGAUGAUUGGGCAAGCUGAGAUGCAAGGAGACUUAUAUGUGAUGAAUGCUGAACCUAUGAAACUGCCUUUAUUAGAUUUUAGGAUACAAUCUAUAGCUCUUAGUGUGCAGCAAGACCUAAGAACUCUUUGGCAUGCUAGACUAGAUUUUGAUCCUUUUCCUGAAUUACAAUUGCCUUUUGCAUCACAUUAUGAGGAUAUUAUUCAUACAUCAUCAUAUCCUAGAAUUACUGUUGAUGUCUCUAAUAAUAAUAGCUCUCUUACAUCUUUGAAUAAUGAGAUUAGUAAGAAUUCUACAUCAUCUGCAUCUGCAUCAUACAUUCAUGAAAAUAGUGAUAAUGCUACUGCCCUUAUGCCUCAUGUUGAUCACAUUCAACCUGAACCAACUCAGCCUGCCCUGAGAAGGUCUGAGAGGGAUAGAAAACUACCCUCAUAUCUUAAGGACUUUCAUUAUUUCAGCAUGGCCUCACAUGAGGAUCCCAUCAAUGCUGUUCGAUCUUCUUCAAACUGUAAGUAUCUUUUAUCACACCAUUUGUCAUAUGCAUCUUUCUCUCCAAAAUACCUAGCCUUCACUUUUGCACUUAUAAAUAACCCUGACCCGAAGCACUACUCUGAGGCUGUUAUGCAUGAUUGCAGGAGAAAAGUUAUUGAUGCAGAACUUGCUGCUCUUGAGCAAAACAAGACCUGGAUCGUCACUUCUCUUCCUCCUGACAAGAAAGCAUCAGAAAAUUAUCACUCUUUAUUCACCAAGUCCACUAAUGUUAACUUCACUGCUAUUUUGGUCUAUGUCGAUGAUCUUGUGUUAGCUGGUGAUGAUCUCUCAGAAAUUGAAGCUGUCAAACGCUUCUUAGACAGCAAAUUCAAGAUAAAGGAUCUUGGUAUUUUAAAAUUCUUCAUUGGCAUAGAAGUAGCAAGAAGUAAAACAAGGAUUGCUCUUUAUCAAAGAAAAUAUGCUUUAGAUUUGAUCAAUGAUUGUGGCUUACUUGGAGCCAAACCUGCCACUACACCCAUGGAUUAUACUACACCUUUGUCAAGAAAUUUUGGCUCUCCUCUACCCAAUGCUACUCUUUAUAGAAGGCUGGUUGGUCGCCUUCUUUAUCUCACUAAUACCAGACCCGACCUGAGCUACCCUGUAGGUUGUCUUACUCAAUUCAUGGAAUGUCCCACUGAUGUUCAUCUCAAGGCAGUUUAUAGAGUGAUUCGAUACUUGAAGCAGUCACCAGCAUCAGGUCUUUUUUUUUCUGCCUCUAAUUCUUUUAUUCUCUCUGGAUAUACUGAUUCUGAUUAG